GCCGUUUAAAGUGGUGGCGCUUGCGGGGUGUGAGGGGAAUGGCGGAGCCGGCGGAGUAUCCCCCUUUCCAGCUGGGGAAGCCCCGCUUCGAGCAGACUUCAUUUUAUGGCCGAUUCAGGCACUUCUUGGACAUUGUUGACCCCCGCACCCUCUUUGUUACUGAGAGUCGUCUUAAAGAAGCCGUGCAGUUGCUGGAGGAUUAUAAACAUGGGACUUUACCCCCUGGAGUCACUAACAAAGAGUGAGCAUUCUUCAAUGAAGAAGAUUUUCCUUGCACAAUUGUUUGUGGAAAGAGUGGCAUGCCCUCCAAUGCCCACUGACUUCAGUGGGAGUCUUGGGAGUUCAUUCAAGCUUUGGGGAGCUCAAAAAAUAAAGCAGGCCAUCAUACAUCCUGAUACUAAUGAGAAGAUCUUCAUGCCUUUCAGAAUGUCAGGUUACAUUCCUUUUGGAACACCCAUCGUUGUUGGUCUUCUCCUGCCAAACCAGACACUGGCGUCCACUGUUUUUUGGCAGUGGUUGAAUCAGAGCCACAACGCAUGUGUCAACUAUGCAAACCGAAAUGCAACUAAGCCUUCUCCAACAUCCAAGUUCAUCCAGGGCUACUUGGGAGCUGUCAUAAGUGCUGUCUCAAUUGCAGUGGGCCUUAAUGUUCUUGUUCAGAGAGCAAACAAGUUUACGCCAGCCACCCGUCUCCUGAUCCAGAGGUUUGUGCCAUUCCCUGCUGUAGCUAGUGCCAAUAUCUGCAAUGUUGUCCUGAUGAGGCACACAGAGCUGAAAGAAGGGAUUGACGUCCUGGACAGUAACGGAAACAUUGUCGGAUCUUCCAGAAUUGCUGCCAAACAUGCACUGAUAGAGACAGCCCUGACUAGAGUGGUCCUGCCAAUGCCUAUACUGGUUCUACCUCCAAUGAUUAUGUCUAUAAUGGAAAAAACGUCUCUCCUGCGAUCCCGUCCCCGGAUGGUUCUCCCAGUGCAAGGCCUUGUGUGCCUCGCGGCCUUUGGCCUGGCUCUUCCCUUGGCCAUCAGUCUCUUUCCACAGAUGUCGGAGAUUGAGACAUCUCGACUGGAGCCAGAAAUUGCAAUGGCCACUACCAGUAAGACAGUUGUCUACAAUAAAGGAUUGUAAGUGGAAGUGGAUCCUCUGAGCACAGAAGAUUGGGGGAGGAAAAGGGGAAGCUCACAGUUACUUCUGGGGGGGGGGGGAAACAAACACUAGAACUCAGAGAUAGUAACAUAUUACCACUCUCAGGAGCUGGGAGUGAAUUAACACUUUCAGAAUAUUGACACCUCACAUCAGUCAAAAAGAUUACUAGUAAAAGUUUUAAAUUAGCAACAAGAACAAAAACAAAUGACUUUCAAGCACGUUAGAGAAUUAGCUACAAUAUAAUGUCCUGAAUUAGAAACAGCACUGCAUGGAAAGGUAUGUUGACAAGGGUAUGCCUAACUCUCCAUGAAAGUAGACUACACAAGACAAUAUUGUUUUUUAAUAAGAAUUAAAUCUCAACACUUGGAUGCUGCACAGAAAUAAUUCUGUAGAAAUCGAUUGGUGCAUGAGUUAGAAGCGCUAGACAGAGCAUUUGAUAAGUGUACCAUAUUGAUUAAAUGUCAAUCUCGCACCAGUAAUCAUGCACAAAAACAAUGUUCCUUGGUUAGGUUUGUGACACUUUGAUUCUAAACAAAUAACACUAUGAAGGUCAUAGCCUGUGUGCUCUCCCUCCUUCGCUCUCCGACAAAAAACCAGGGUGGUAUCCUGGCAUUCAUUGGCCUUACAAGAUAUUCUGUGUGAUUGGAGCCUAAUGCACUAGCAUAUUUGCAGGUUUUGCCCAGGCUAGCAAGCUAACGAAAAGUCAACCUGCCAAGUUACAGUACGCAGAAUGGGAAGAGAUCUGCUAGUAUAAACAGAUCUGUCCUUUAACUUCGCAUAAUGGACCAAAUUCUGUUCUCAUGUACAUUGACAUACCCCUAGAGUAAAUUCACUGGCUUCUGUUAAAUUACACCGCUAUAAAUGAGAGCAGAAUUAGCCUAAUGGUGAAGGGCCAGAUCCUCGGCAGGUGUAAACCAUCAGACUCUAUCCGUUUCAGUGGAACUCUGUUGAUUGACACUAUCAGAGAAUCUGACUUGUCAUAUAGACCACAUUCUAAUUGUUCACACCAGAGUAAUUCCGCUGCUGCCAGCGGACUUACUGCAGAUUUGGGCUGGUGUUACAAAGCUUAGAAUUUGUCCCAUUGGUGCAUUUCACCAAUGAAUACAAUUAGAAUGAAAGGUACGAUGGUAAUGGGCACUAUAGACGUGCAUAUAUUAUAAUAAUUAAAAUGCCAGGUUGGAUUUGGGGCUUUUGGGGGGUGCAUGGGAAACCAAACUGCCUCUGCUGUAGAAUGUGUACAAAUGGGUUCUUGCAAUGGUUCGUAGUAGCAGGCCUAUGUCACCAAUGCGCUACUCCAGUUUUGUGCUAGUCUGACUCCUCACGGGAGUCACACCAGUAUAAACAUGAAGUUACACAGUGGUGGAUCAAACCAAAGGGGGCUGAUUCUGCUCCCAUGCUGGUGUAAAUCAGGAGUAACUGCAGAGAAGUCUCUAAAGUGUCUAAAACCAGCCGAAGUGAGAGGAGAAUCAGUCUCAAAGCACUAUAGCCAUACUUAGCUUAGUGGGCCAAAUCAUGUUCUCAGUUACGAUGGUGAAAAUCCAGAGUAAUUUCACUUAAGUCUAUGGGCCUAUUCUGGAUUUACCCCAGGUGUAACAGACAGCAGAAUUUAACCUAAUAUAUUUCUUCUAAUGCACUAGAUCACAUGAAUGUACAUGAGUGAGGCAGCCAGUGUCUGCUGAGCAAUAGCCAAGCAUAAGGAGUUUAGAAGGAGACAGACGGGAAUAAAUGUGCUGUACCAAGGCACAGAAGUAUAAGAAAUAGCAAGAAUGGACUUUGACGGGUGCAGAAAAUGAUGGGGGAAGCGUAUAUUUGGAAGCACAUUUCACCAAUGCACAGAUGGAACGUGGAAAUAUUGGGCUGAUGCUCCUCUUACCCAGUGGUUUUACCCCAAAACGACUCCAUCCUCGCCAAAGGAGCUGCCUCUUGUGCUCAUCUACAUGGGAGGAGAUUUGAGCCCAGGGGCAUUAGAAUGGUGUAUCCUGGGUGCGAGGGAGUCAGGCCUGCAAAGUCCCGUUCUGCCAGCCACACGCUGCAUUAUCCCCAGGACACAUAGGGCCAGAUCCUCAGCUGGUGUAGAUUGGUGUCACUCCCUUGAGAUCAGUGGCACUAUAUUGAUUUAUAUCAUAUGAUCAUCAGAAGAACUGAUUCAUCACUGUCUUGUGCCUUGUGUCGUUCACACCUGCACUUGAAUUGCGGGUCUGAUCCACAGCCCAUUCAGGUCAAUACCAUACUUUUCACUGGCUUCAGCAGGCUUUGGACCAGGCCCAAAGCGAGUGCCAGAGCCCUAUCUUUUUGAUGCGGUAACAUUGUACAUCCACUUUGCACUGGUAUCUAAAAUGACACAAGGGGCAAUCAAGCACAGAAUCAGGCCCAUUGAUUCCAAGUAGUGUGUACAUGGGUUAUGUGCCUCAUCCCAGCAGUGAAACCGAAAACCCAGGCCUACCACUGCGGCUAGGUAAGAAAUGGAGCACACAGAGAGAUGAAGCAUAAAAAUCCCAACCUGCCACUGAGAAAUGCACACCACUUGCCUUUGGACAAAAUCAGAUCACAGAAUUAGCAAAAGAAAACUGAGACUUUUCAUUGCUGCACUGGUUGGCCAAAUUGAAAUAAACCUGAGCCCCAUGACUGAUGGAGACACACAUACACGUAUAUAUGUGGUAAAGAAAAACUAGUAUUAAAAAUGUGCCAAAUGUGUAGCAGCUAAACUGGGUUUAAAGUGAAGGCGAAUAAUCUCAUGUUCCUAAUGAAUGCAGAAGCCAAUUGGAACUCGUUGUAUGCAGCACAGCCUGUGUCCUGUAUUGUUCUGAACUGAAAUCCAAGUGGCGAACAAAAUCAGCUGCUCGUAUUAAUGAUAAGCAAUGUCCUGGCUCUGUUUUCUAUCAGGAUCACUCAAUUUUCCAUGUCAUGGUGUUUUGUCACUCUUCAAACCACUCUGUUGAAAUCCUGCCAAACUCUUAAGGGAGGGGUAGACUGAGUCAUUUGAGGGUGUGAAGGAGGUAGAAGUGAGUACUUCUCCACUGCAGCGAUGUCACUGCUGGGGAGUGGGGAUGAUUUGUUUUUACAUCAUAAUUACUGAUCAAAGAUUCCACUAGCUGUGAACUCUAGCUACCUGCCGGGGCUACAGAUGGAGUGAGUAAUUUUCAACAUGCAGAGCUAAUUACAAUGGCUGAUAGAAAAAUAUUCAAGGAUUUGCUCACUGCAUUUUUUUGUCAGAGAUACCUGGGGGGCAGGGGAGGGAGCAAGUUUUGCAAAUGUUUAAAAAAAAAAUAAGUAAAAUUCAAACUAGUUAUUUUUUCCCAAGGAGGAUGAGAGACUGCAAAUUGUUUCACUUCACUCAUAAACUUUGACUGCAGAGUGUUUAAGAUCAGUGCUUUGCAGGUCAUUAAUUAGCAGGAGAACUGAUCCAUCGAUGUAUUAUAAGAGUUUAGAAAAGAGUGGAGUGGGGGAGUUAACAGGCCCUAAUCUUAAAUUGCAACUAGAGGGCCUGGUUCUUAUUUCAUCCUUGCAUGAAUAAGGUGUAGCUCUGUUGAAAUCAAAAGAUAUACCCUUUGAUCCCUUUUAUACCCACGGUAGGACUGGUAUAAAAGGGAUCAAAAUCAGGUGCAUCACACGGUUCCAGUUUUAUUUUCUUCCAAUGAAGCCCUAUCAAAUGUGCUCACUUUAUAUGUCGAAAUAUGGGGCCACAUUGGGGUCAUUGUUGCUGUGCUGGUUUAUACCAGCUGGAGAUCUGGCCUGUGAUUUUUCUGUCUUUCAUUUCUGAAACUUUGACCUGAGAUCUAAAAUGCAAAGCUGGGGCAGGGGGUUGUUCUAGGUGAUAUGUCAGUGGUCCAUGACUAGGCUUCUAGAUGCUGCAAUAAUACAAAUAAUCAAUAAUAAUUAUAAUAAUAAAGAUUCUGUAGUCAGGA